CUGCAUGGUAGGCGAUGGGGAUCAAAAGAGAAGUAUUUACCGCGGGAAACUAUGCGAGGUUACCGCAAUCGAAGUCAAGCAGCUGGGCGACACAGAUGAUGGGCCCGCGCUUUCUUCAUCCCUCCGAGUUCAGGACAAAGGUCAUUGACAGGUUGAAGGCGCUGAGGCAUCCCUAUUUACUCACUCUGUUGGGAGCCUGUUACGAGGAGAAGUGUCUCGUUUAUGAGCACAUGGAAAACGGAAGCGUCAAGGACUGCAUCACCUGUGGAGAGGGGCAGCAAGGAAGAAGGGGUUUGCCGUGGUACGUUCGCUUCCGCGUUAUGGCAGAGGUCGCCCGCGCAGUGUGCUUCCUUCACUCGAGUUCACCUGCCACAGGUCACCGUGGUCCAAUCAUCCACCGUGCCAUCAAGCCGGCAAACAUUUUCCUGAACGAGAGCUUUGCUGCCAAGCUCGGUGAGGUGGACCAGGCAUUGCUUGCCUCCGAUCGGACACGAGGAGUGCAGAGACGGGCUGGAGAAACUUCCGUGCGGCUUGUCCUGGGAAGUAGCUCUCAGUACAUAGCCCCAGAGUACUUUCAAUGCGGCGUCCUGAAUGAGCAGACGGACAUCUACGCGUUGGGUAUCACUCUCUUGGAGAUGCUGACCGGGAAGUUCUGGAACGCACUCCGCAUCGUAGAGGAUGCUAUUGAAGACGAGGCAGCUUUCAAAAAUGCUCUCGACCCGAAUGCGGGCUGCUGGGAUAUUGCUCUGGCUCGGGAGAUCGCCAACUUGGGGCUGAGCUGCGCCAGUUUCAGUAAGCGUUGUCGACCAAACAAGGUGUCCGACUGGAUUCUGCCGGUGCUUGAGGAAGUUGCCCAGAAGGUGGCUCUCACGGACUCUCUUGAGGAUGCAUAAGCCAAGGAGUCCCAGGGACCAGAGAUGUUUUCGCAGCCUGACUGAUGAUGUUUCGUUUGAAGGUGGUGAUAUUCCUUUUUCUUUCUUUUUUUCCGUAAUUCGUACAACCCAACAGCAGACACUGAUUGAGACAUCAACUGUGUCCGUUUCUUUGAGUUCUUAGGUAUUUUUCUUAUCAAUAAGUAAACAAAAACUAGUUCCAGAUCAGCGUGACACAUGGUAGGAGGGACUACAAUUCGUAUGAUCAUUUGUCUGUAACUCAUUCUUCUCUCUUGAUGAUUUUCAAGCUCUAUUAAAGUCUUUACUAGUUUUGGAUACGGCUCUCUCAGUUUUUGUUUUUUCUUGAUCAUAAAGACUUUAAUAGAGCUUGAA